GAUGUGAGGCUGAGUAUUGUGGCAACUAUGAUUCAUUAAAGUACUGUACAUAUGGCUGCUGCAACGAAUAUUUUCAUGACUGCUGUGACCCUCCGGUUGGCAUGAUCAUUGGCAUCAUUGGUGCUGUCGGCUUCUGCAUUUUCGUCAUUGCCUUGAUUGUCUGCCUGUGCCGGCGCCGAAGGCUUCAGGGACAGGUCAUCUACGGUCAGCAGCCGGGGGCGGCAGUUGUCGUUGCCCAGUCAAAUAACACGACAAUGAACACAACAGGAAUGCAGCCCGGAGUUGCCUACCCUCAGUACCCAGCGGCAUACCCAGGUUACCCGCAGUAUCCCGCUCAGCCCGCCGCCUGCCCGUACCCUGCCCACCAGCCUCAGCCCGCCUUUGCCCAGGGCCCGCCGGCUUAUCAAGACGUCCCUGGACAGAAUGCAGCUCCGCAGUAUGCUCAAGGAAAAGAGAAUCAUGGCUACGAUGGAGCGUUGUAGAUGUUUUAUAAACAGGGUGGUCAAAUUCUGGAGUGUUAUCUGUUUGUGAUAAACUUCGAGAAGUAGCGUGGAAAUUGUCAAUUGAAGAUCAAUCCAAAUUUUUUUAGUUCGAUGAAAAUUCCAUUCUGUACUAUUUGUGAAGCGUGCUGGCUAAAUGAGUUACUUCUCGGAUUCAAGCCUGAUGGAAAUAGAUACGUCACGCGUAUAGGGGAAGUGUUUACAAUUUAUAAUUAUGAAAUAACAAAAGACUUGUUAUAGUUAAAGAACAUGACAUCAAUAGAAAUCCUAAAAAUUUGACCCUAGUGUCGAUUUUUGGCCAAUAUCUCCAUGUGUAGAUUGCGAGAAGCAUCUUAUUUUGUCUGCACACCUUACUUUUUUAUUUUGACUGGAAAAGUACUGUAGCCAUCAUGAUAUACUUUAUCAAUUAUACAUUUAGACUUAGGCUAGUAAGUUUGCCACGUCACUGUAUGUUAGACUAGCACAGAUCCCUUCCCCCUCCUCAAAAUGGAAUCUCUUCUAUCAGACCUGCCAAGUACUCUGAUAAAAUCGGAGCUGACUCAUUUUUAAAAA